GACUGGAAGAACGUGAGAGAAAGGGAAAAAUAGGGGAAAAAAAAAACCCAACACAAAACAUAAGCAGUCUCUCAGUCUUUACCUCUCUGUCUCUCUCUCUCUCUUUGAUCCAGUUUCCUUUGCAUUUCUAUCUGUUAUCCUCUUCUAUCUUCCUUAGAUCUAACAAUUCUUCACCCGGAUCUAGACUUUUAAACUUCUCCCUCUGUACCUGUUGAUACUUGGGUUUCCAUUGCGAUCGAUCGUUUUCUUCUGCUGUUAUUUGGUUCGGAUCGGGCUCACCUAGAACUUCAAAACGGAGACAAUCAUGAAUCCCUUUUCAUCAGGAACACGGUUAAGGGAUAUGAUUCGAGCUAUACGUGCUUGCAAAACUGCUGCAGAAGAACGUGCUGUUGUAAGGAAAGAGUGUGCCGCAAUUCGUGCUGCAGUUAGUGAAAAUGACCAAGAUUAUCGACACCGGAACCUGGCAAAACUCAUGUUCAUUCACAUGCUUGGUUACCCCACACAUUUUGGUCAAAUGGAAUGCUUAAAGUCAAUAGCAUCUGCUGGAUUUCCAGAGAAGAGAAUAGGAUAUCUUGGUCUCAUGUUGCUUCUUGAUGAAAGACAAGAAGUUCUUAUGCUGGUUACGAACUCUCUAAAGCAAGAUCUUAACCACACGAAUCAAUAUAUUGUGGGUCUUGCUCUUUGUGCUUUGGGGAAUAUUUGUUCAGCAGAAAUGGCUCGUGAUCUUGCACCUGAAGUGGAAAGAUUGCUCCAAUUUCGAGAUCCCAACAUUCGGAAAAAAGCAGCAUUAUGCUCCAUAAGGAUAAUAAAGAAAGUGCCAGAUCUGGCAGAGAAUUUUAUUAGUCCUGCUGCUUCCUUGCUCAAAGAAAAGCACCAUGGGGUUUUGAUAACAGGAGUUCAGCUUUGUACAGAUCUAUGCAAAGUCAGUGCAGAGGCCCUUGAAUAUUAUAGAAAGAGGUGCACAGAGGGUUUGGUUAAAGUUCUAAAGGAUGUCGUGAAUAGUCCAUAUUCACCAGAGUACGACAUGUCUGGGAUUACAGACCCUUUCCUUCAUAUCCGAUUGCUUAGGCUUUUACGCAUUUUGGGCCAAGGAGAUGCAGAUGCUAGUGACUGUAUGAAUGACAUUCUUGCUCAGGUAGCAACGAAAACCGAGCCAAACAAAAAUGCUGGGAAUGCCAUUCUUUAUGAAUGUGUUGAAACUAUUAUGAGCAUUGAGGACAAUAGUGGCUUACGUGUGCUUGCCAUUAAUAUUUUGGGAAGAUUCUUGUCAAACCGCGACAACAAUAUCAGCAAUAUAAGUACUGUGAAGGGUAGAGACUUCCUCAAUUAUAGAAGUAUGUCUUACGAGACCUUCAUCAUGAGAUUUCAAUCAAACACUGUCAUUUACUCAUUUCUAUCUAAUUUCUUAAAUUUCUUAAACCUUCUUAAACACAUGUCCAAUCAAGCAUGGUAGUGUCUAAUAGGAAAA